UUACUUAAUUUUCGUUUCGUUCUGUCUUCAUUUUGUGUUAAAUAUUUCUCUUCGAUUGACCGGCAUUGGAUUUUUUCGUAUCAGAUUCUUUUUAUGCAAUGGCAUUCCAAAUAAAUAUUAAUUUUUGAUAAUCGCAUGGUUAUUUUUGUAUUGAUUAUUUUUCAUUAGUUACUUUUAAGCAUUAAGUGACAAUUUUGUUUUCGUAAUCAUGUCAUGGAUUUUUGGAAUGGGUGGUACAAAGCCAGAACCACCCAAUUUAGAUGAUCUAACAAAUGUUUCGGAUAAAAAGCCAUCUCCACCACCUACAUCUUCUAGUGGAGAAGCUUAUAAAUUUGAUUCCUCUGCCUUAGAAAGAGCUGCUCAAGCUGCUAAAGAAUUAGAAAAAUCAAAGCAUGCCAAAGAAGCAUUAGAUUUAGCUAAAUUGCAAGAAACUACAAAGCAAAUUGAGUAUCAAACUAGAAUAAAAGAAUAUGAAGUUCACUUGGAACAAUCACGUAUGGAGCAAAAGAGAGUUGAAGCUGAAGAAAGAAAAAAGUUGCUAGCUGAAGAAACUAAACAGCAUCAAUUACGGUCACAAUAUCAAGAUCAACUGGCACGAAAAAGGUAUGAAGAUCAGCUUCAACAACAGCGAGCAUCUAAUGAAGAAAACUUAAAAAGGCAAGAAGAAUCUGUAGCUAAACAAGAAGCUAUGAAAAAAGCUACUAUUGAACAUGAAAUUGAGAUGAAAUCUAAAUUAGACGCAAAAAAGUCUGAAGCUAAAGCAUUAGCAAGAGCAAAAGCUGAGAGAGAAAACCAUGAUUUAACAAUGGAACAGCUUAAAUUAAAAGCUUCUGAGCAUCGACAAACUGUUCUAGAAUCCAUAAAAACGGCUGGUUCAAUUUUCGGAAAUGGAGCUAAUGCUUUACUUUCUGAUUGGGAUAAGACUUUAAUGGCUGCUGGAGGUCUAUCACUUUUAGCAUUGGGUAUAUACAGUGCAAAGGGUUUUACCAGUGUUACUGCUAAAUAUGUUGAAUCUAGAUUAGGUAAACCUUCAUUGGUAAGAGAAACAUCUAGAUUUUCACUGUUAGAAGCAGCAAGACAUCCAAUUUUAACAUUAAAAGAACUUCGAACAAAAAAAAGUAGUGCAUUAAAAGAUGUAAUAUUACCACCAAAAUUAGAAUCUAGAUUAGGUGAUGUAGCUAUUGCUACUUUAAAUACUAAAAAAAACCGUGGUAUGUAUCGAAAUAUUUUAAUGUAUGGACCACCUGGUACUGGAAAAACACUGUUUGCUAAAAAACUAGCAAUGCAUUCUGGAAUGGAUUAUGCUAUAUUGACUGGUGGUGAUGUUGCACCAUUGGGAAAAGAUGGAGUAACAGAAAUGCAUAAAGUUUUUGAUUGGGCAAACAAUUCAAGGAAAGGUUUACUGUUAUUUGUUGAUGAAGCCGAUGCAUUUUUAAGAAAACGUAGUUCAGAAAUGAUAAGUGAAAAUUUACGUGCCACUUUAAAUGCAUUUUUAUAUAGAACUGGAGACCAAUCAAAUAAAUUUAUGUUAGUUUUGGCUAGUAACACACCUGAACAAUUUGAUUGGGCUGUAAAUGAUAGGUUAGAUGAAAUGGUUGAAUUUGGUUUACCAGGCAAAGAAGAACGUGAACGUCUAAUAAUGUUAUACUUUGAUAAAUAUGUUUUAACACCAGCAACCCAAGGAAAAGUUAAAUUAAAUGUUGAGAAAUUUGACUACAGUGCCUUAUGUAAACAAAUGGCUGAAAUGACUGAUGGGAUGUCUGGUAGAGAAAUUGCUAAGUUAGGAGUUGCAUGGCAAGCAGCUGGUUAUACUUCAGAUGAUGGACUUUUAACUAAAGAAAUGAUAUUAAAUCGUUGUGAAGAUGCAAUUAAACAACACAAACAAAAGAUGGAAUGGAUGAGUGAAAAAGAAAAGAAUGAUUCCAGGUAUACAAAACAAAAUAGUAUACAGUAAUAUUUUAUACUGUUGAACCAUGAAAUGUGUAGUUUAAUUCCAAUUGAUUAGUCAUCAAAAUAGAAUAUUAUGGGCACUUAUCAAUAAGCAUCUUAGAAUUCCAAUAUGUAAAAAAUAUAAUAUUUUUAUUGUAAAAUGUAUUUGUAUAGUGUUCAUUUACUGAGGACAUAGCAUAUAUAAUACAAUAUAAUAAAGGAAAGUGAUACCAUUUUGGAUUUUUACAAAUCCCUUACUAGCUAUAA